AGCCAGAGACCGAAUGAUGUAAGUCUCAUUCUCAAAUAGAAGUUCAAACUCUUCGGACUGUACAUAAAAUAAAUUCCAAAUUUAUUCUUUAAAUUUCUUGACUUGGCAAUAUGUGCAGCUUUCCUUGCUAUCCCUGCGCCGCCCUGUGCCCCUGCGGUGGAAGUGGACCCAGUGGAUUCUACGAUCCAUGCUUUGGAGCCUACAACGGUCCAUUCAACUCCUGGUGUGGGGUUAGUGGACCCGGCUACUGGGGAGGUCGCUGCUGCUAAUAACCCAUGUUCCAGGACUGCUU